AUGAGUCAACCAUUAUCAGAUCGAACUAAAUCGCAUUUGUUUUCGGUUGUGAAAAGGUUAUUUCAAGAAAAUAAAGGAAUUUUAGCUUUAGAUCAAUCAGAGCGUCAUUUUAAUGUAAAAUUUAAUGCAUACUGUCUCGAAAACAAUCCACAUAAUCGAGCGCGAUAUCGUGAAAUUUUCAUAACAGCAAAUCCAAAAUUCACAAAAGCUAUAUCUGGUGUUGUGUUUAGUAGAGAAGGUUUCUAUCAGCGAACGAAAGAUGGUAGAUUAUUCACAGACAUAUUAAGAAGCUAUAAAAUUGCAGUAGGUGUGCGUAUGGAUGGUCCAAAAUCAAUCGAUGAUGAUUUUGAGAAAAGGAACGUAAUAAUUGAUUUGGAUACUCUACCAAAACGUUUGAAUGCACUCAAAAUUUCAGGCUGUGAUUUUACAAAAGCACAAAUGCGUUUAAAUAUGUCCCAAUUCACUCCAGAACUAGCACGUAAACAUGCUGAACUACUCAGUUUAUUCGCUGCAUUCUGUCAAAAGGUAGCUAUCGUCCCAGUAAUUGUGAUAGUCGGCGUAUAUAAAGGUGAUCAUACUCUAGAGCGUUGCAAACAAGUAUUGAGUUCUUCUUUAUGUAUACUAAAAGCGACACUAUUUCAACAUAAUGUAUACAUUAAAGGCACUGUAAUUGCAUUGCAAUGGGUAACGAAAGGUGUUGAUUGUCCCACAGAAUACACAAUUACACAAAUGGCUGAAGCCACUCAUGAUAUACUCAUAACAAAUAUUGUGCCAGCAAUGUACGGUAUUAUGUUUCUCUCCAGUACUGGUGAAGAAAAAUUAACUACAGAAGUUUUAAAUGAAAUUGUAAAAUUAAAUUUGACAAAUAAGUGGCGAAUAUCCUUUAUAUUUUCUAGAGCUGUCCAAGCGUCUGCACUGGAUAUAUGGCAUGGUCGUGAUGAUAGAUUGGCUUACGCACAGAAUGAAUUUCUUAAACGUAUAAGAGCAAAUUAUUUAGCAUUACAAGGGAACUAUCAUGAUUUUCUAAUGUUAAAAAAUCCUUAUACGGCACCGGAACCAGGUCAUCAUUAUGAUGAUUUAUUUGACGAUGAUUAA